AUGGAGCGAGCGUUCCACCUUCCCGGCAUCUUCGUCCUCUUCUGCUCGUUCGUGUUACUAUUCCUCGUUUCUGUCUCCCUCCCGUUCAUUGACCCGCUCGACUAUGUGCGUGUGUACAUCUACAAUGGCAUCGUCACGACCACAGCGAAUGGGACUGCCAUCUCCGAAAUUCGUUUCGGGUUGUGGGCUAACUGCCGGUACGAGAUUGUGUCCGGACACCGUGUAUGCUCGUCUGCAGCGGACGGAUACACUACGACGCUCUACACCAAUGGCGGGGCUAGCGAGGUGACCGUUGGAUCCUCCUGGACGCGUGGGCUCGUUGCGCACCCCAUUGCGACGGGUGUGUCCCUUCUCGCGCUGCUCUUGUCGUUUUUCACACACCCCACCAUCACCUUCCUGACGUACGUCCUCGCGUUCCUCGCGUUUCUCAUUGCGCUCGUCGCGUUCUUCGCCGACGUUGCGCUCUACGCGUAUGUGCAACGCCAGAUCAGGCUCCUGCCAGAUGUCAGCGCUGGCACGCGCGUCGAGGCCGCGUUCAUUAUGACUAUCGUCGCGGUCGUACUUCUCUUCCUCGCGGGCUUCUCGAUAUGGCUUGGCCGCCGCCGUGCACGCAUGGCCGGUGCGACGAGCUACAAGAUGCCUUCGAAUCGCGUCAGGGCACCGCGCCGCGUGUGGAACUGGAGACGGCCUUGGCGUGGACGGACACGGGCACGAGCGUGA